UAAUAAUCAAAUGGCUUUUGGGAAAACUGCAAACAAGAAUGCUCGAGCUGCUGACUCUGACUCUGAGGAUGAGUUGAUCGAGAACGAGCUCAACCCAACCAAUGUCUCAAAGUAUCAAGCUGCCGGUGAAAUUGCUUCCAAGGUCAUGUCUACUGUGGUUGCUGCUGGUGUCGAAGGUGCUACUGUCCUUUCUCUCUGCACUCUUGGUGACUCUACUAUCCUGUCACUGCUCAAGACUGUCUAUACCGAAGACGAAAAAAUGAGCAAGGGUAUUGCUUUUCCUACCUGUGUUUGUCCUACUUCGAUUGUUUGUCAUCUAUCUCCUCUGGUCUCUGAUCCUGAAGCUACUAUCGCCUUGAAGAACGGAGAUAUGGUUCGUGUCGAGCUUGGUGUACAGAUCGAUGGCUAUAUUGCCCAGGCUGCCCACACAUUUGUUGUAGGCGCAACCAAGGAAAACCCUGUAGUGGGUCGUCAGGCCGAUGUCAUUCAGGCUGCAUAUUCUGCUGCAGAGCUUGCUGCUCGUUUGAUUAGACCUGGAAACGACAGUCGGAUGGUCACAGACUCCAUUUCAAAAAUUGCCAAGGAGUUUAACUGCACUGCCGUCGAAGGCAUGACCACCCAUCAGGUUCUUCGAAAUAUUCUUGAUGGUCCCAAACAGAUUGUUCUCAAUCCUCCAGAGACUUCCCGAAAGAACGCUUCCAAUGUUGUAUUUGAGGCGGGUGAGGUGUAUUCUAUUGAUAUCUUGGUCAAGUCGGGUGAAGGCAAAUCCAGACCUCUCGACACUCGCACAACUGUUUUUAAGCGUAGUCCCAACCAAACCUAUCAGCUCAAGAUGCAAACUUCUCGUAUUAUUUUCUCUGAAAUCCGCAGGAAUCAUGGCACCAUGGCAUUUUCGCUACGCAACUUUGAAAACGAGAAAAAGGCUCGUAUGGGUAUUUUAGAGUGUACAUCACACAAUCUAGUUACCCCUUAUCCAGUUCUCCAUGAAAAAAAUGACAUUGAUAACGCGCACUUUAUGUUUACUGUCUUGGUGUUGGAAUCUGAACAGAUUCAGACUGUAACUCUUCCUUGGGAUCAGGAACUGAUCAAGUCAGAAUGCAAAGUGGUUGAUCCUGAAUUGAUUGAGAUCUUGAGUCGGCCCGUCAAGACUGGUGCAGCCUCGGCUGAAUAAACUGAAUUGGAUGGAUAUCACUUU